GAUACAUGUAUGUGAUGAUUGGACACCAUGUAUCAGCAAAGCGUAGAACAAGGAGAGAUGUACAAUGAUUGAAUCCAUCUGCAGACUUGUGCCUCAUGACAUGUGCAUCUAGCAGAGUUGGAGAACAACGCAAGAAUUUUGGCUUUCGCUCCAGAAUGGCCCAGAUUGCGUUGCAGCGGAAAUCCACUAUCAACGUCGGAGCAUGCUACAGUGCCUUCACCCACCUGGCCACUAUGCACCGGUAACGAAGUGGCAAAGGGAGUGACCAGCCGUCGUCCUACGAAACAUUUGACAGCCUGGUGCUGUAUAUACAGUCCGAGUUGAAGUCUGCAAGGGCCUUGCCCAUGAAGCUUCUCACGGAUAAGUACAAUAACUGCAAACGGCACCAGCUUCGCCGACCAUCACACUUCGCCUUAGUAUCCAACUGUCAUGCUGAAAAAGAAGAUAAUGAGCUACUUGGGGACCAGCAAUUGACAUGUAUGGUAAGUGGCAUGGGUAUACAGGCGCACUCUUCACGGAGCAACCACUUGUCUGUGUCGUCUGCAAACGGUCCGAUGGCCGGUAAUACCCAGUCAUUGCCGAACAGUCAUACUAGUAACGCACCUGGCCCGACUCCAACCAUCCCAGUCCAGCCGGUCGCCGCAGAUUUCCUGCCCGCAUCCACGUCCACUCCGCACCCCAGUGUCCGGCAAGAGAACGGGCCCAAUGCCAGGAGUUACGACGGGCCCACUGCCAGGAAUUACGAUAGGCUCACUGCCAGGAGUUACGAUAGGCCCGCUGCGAUAUCCGCUGGGCUUGUCCCCGCCAAUGUCGUGUUGCCCACUCAUUUCGGCUUCAAAGGAUCCGCUACUCCGCCGCGUCAGGUGAACACAAGUGGAUCAGUUUCAUCUCUGGGUACUACAUCAGCCUCCAGUACAGAUGUGUCGGCUAGUACGGCUUUGACUACAACCUCGGGUGCGAGGCAACCAGUGGCGGCUGCGGUGUCUUCUACAGCGCCAUCUCAGCCACAGUCGCAGCAGGUUCUUGCUGAUCUCUAGCGUGCUAUGUGGUGUGUGCGCGCGCGGACGCGCACACACAAUGCCAUGUGUUGUGCGGUGUGUGU